UUCGUCUUCAAUAAACGAAGAUAAACUUCAGUAAAAGCAGUAUUUUUAUGGAUGUCAACUACAUCUCACAAUUUAAUGUGUUUUUCGUACUUAGUAAAAGUAUACUUACUAUUACCUAAGUAGGUAGGUAAUUUUUGAUUAGUCGAAAAAUUUAGGACAGUUUAAAAAAUAUAUUUUUUUGCCCUGAUAGCGAUCUAUAGCUAAUUUUUAUCACAAAAUUCUCGCGGUAAUCCUAUGCUAUGAUAAAGACCAGAAGGAAACUAACACCUACAUAAAUAAUUUAACCAAUAACUACCUUAGUGCAUACAUAUAAUAAAUGCACUAAACAAGAACUUUCUUUUCGUUGAACUCUUUUGUAUGAAAAAUUUAACCAGACAGAUACAUUUCUAACUUUAUAACAUCCAUUUUUCGGACUCAGCAGUUACAUUUUAUCUUGGAUAGAGAUAGGAAAUGGCACUGCGUGUGUGUGAAAGAGACAGCUAUAGCAGCUGCCAUGUCUCGUGCCCUUUGACAGGUGAUCACUAUACUGGUACAGUCAGGGCAGAGAAACCUGAUAAGCUUUUAUUGUACCUGACUGUACUAGCAUGGAUGGAUCAAUGUGGUUUUAAGACCAAGUUAAAAUUCAUCAAUAUUGUCUUCAUCAGACCUGUGUAGUACCACCCAAAAAGCGUCUACUUCAGUCCUCUGCCUUGUUUAUAAAUCUUACCACUAAAUAAUUACAUCAGUAAUUGCAAAAUAAUAUAAUAUUUCUAAAACAGUCAAAAGGUAACGUCAACGUAAUCCCUAGAGUUCUUAUUGCCAGUCUAACAGAAGAUUUCUAGUCGAGAAUAGAACCCGGGGAAAAAUCAUAAAAGCGUGUAUGUACCUACAUUGUAUGACUGGUCCCUAAAUUCUCACCCUAUAAAUAAUAAUAAUACUUCGUCUUUCCGUUCCACCGGUGUUCAUUCAAUAAUUGCACAAAAAACUUUUUGUGUGGAUGUCGUUUGAGUUUCAAUAAACACGUAGCAAAAUAUUUUUUAUGUUCUCCCUAUAGGGGUUAAAAUCUCUAAACAACUGUCGCUCACAUACAACAUUUCAGACUAUAAGUAAGAGAUAGCAAUUGAAUUCGCUGUUUAAGAUAAAAUAGACGUUUUAGUUAAAAGGAUUAGAGUUGAAAAUGGUUUGAAAUUGGAAUGCAAAGGGCACGCGCCGAGCGGGGUGCACACGCGCCAUUUCCGACCCCUCGAUUUUGAAAAUGGAAUUUUCAAACAGUUGACGGUUGACCGUUGAGACGCAUGGAACUACUAAGUUUUGUGCCAGUAUUUUAAGUUAUUAUUAGAGUGUUAGUUUCAUUUGUUUUAGUGUUAUUCAUUAAGUAUAAUAACUUAUACUUAUCUAAAUUAAGUUUCUGCAGUGCCAGCUCUGGUGAUAUGUGUGUAAUUGUGUGUGUGUUGUGUAACGGAAAAUUUCUAUUCAUUUCUAUGCUAUUAUUAGUGUUCUAAGAAAAUAAUUAUUAGUAAAAAACGAAACAAACACGGAAAUCAAAGCGCUGACCAUAGAAUAAGAAAACUUUCUUAAAGUUAGGUCUUAAGAAGACUAUACUUAGUUCCUUGACCGUUAUGCUUACUGGUCACCCUCCUUACGAAACAGGAAACAUGCCUUAGUGCGCAGCGACAAGGAAAAUAAGGGGAAACGAUACGCUUAAAACCCAUAAAGAUACCUUAGAAAUAAACCAUGGAUUCGCCAAAAAUCGUCUACAAAUACUAUUCGAAUCCGGCAUUCUGCGCGCAAUCAGAGGUCGUCUUCGCGCAGAAAUCACCAUGUAUUACUUCAAAAAUCAUCGCGCCCGAUCGACAAAGAAUGCCACCUCUUGGCGCCAACUCUCCACGGAAAACUGUCGAAAGAGGAAACAGGAUUACCAGAACAGAUAUAUCAGAUAACCCUUUAAGAAUGGCCCCAGCUGGUGCAUACAGAAGCCAAGACAUCCCACCAGCCUUACCUCCGAAACCUGCGAAAUACAGCCUGAAUAACACUUACUCGGGCGGAUUCCACAGACAAUCUUCUAUGAUCGUGAGACCCACAGUCAGAUCCUCAUUCAGAUCCAGAACAAGAAGUGAAGACUUAGAAAUGGCACAGUUUAGACAACAAAAACAAAUAGUAUACGACCGGAACGCUGAAAGCGAUGACGGCUUAGAAGAUAGUAGAUACUCAAAACAUAGGUACGAAGUCAUCAAAGAUGAUUUCGAUGAUUUAGUAGAUUACUGUCCGACUAAGAAACGGAUAGUAGAAGCAAAAGAGGAAGAGAUUAAUGAAUACAACGUUGAUGGACCUGACGAGAAUGAAAUGAAAGAAAUACCGACAGAGAUUGUGAAAACUGUUAACGGCAAGACGUUGAGAUACGCGAUAGUGCCUCUAGAAGACGAUGAUCCGGAACCUAGAAGACCAACUGUGACAUUUUCCCCCAUGAUGUCCAAGAAGAAUCUUAUUGCAACGCAAAAACUGCACGAGUUAUUAUCAACGCCAAGAAAACUGAAAAGCUACGCGAGUCAGCCAUCAGUCAGAAUGACCCCAAGCAAAGAUAGCCCGAGAUACGUUAGCACACCGAAAAAACUAGCAACCAGUACACCUACUCAUGGAGUUACACCAUCUAAAAGCUGCGCUAACUUAACAUUGUCUAGAGGUAGUGCGACGACAUCACCUAUAAGCCCUAAAGCCCAGCAAAAACUAAGCUAUGAGCUUGAAGAAAACGAUAGGAGUGACAUCUUCGUCAGGAGUUAUAGAGAAAGGAGUCAUGAUCGGAGUUUGGACUUGGAUAGGAGAGAACGGGAGAGUCGAAGGGAUUACGAUAGAAGAGUAAGAGAUAGCAAGAGACCAGAUAAAUCUACGGCUGUUAUCGUUCCGAGGGUUGCCGCUCCCGUAGCAUCCACAUACUCGGACGACACCUACAAGUCGUGGUCCACAGUGAAGGGCGGUGGCGCCGCGACGGCAACCCUGGCUGUUGCGGCGCUGAUGAUGACCCUGUGCGGAGCCCUGACCUCUGGAUUGAGCUUCUUCAUGAUGUAUAGUAUCGGCCGCGUGUACUACCUGGACUUUGGAGUGUUGUCGGGGUUCACGUGUCUUCUGCUGGGGCUGCUGGGCUUCAGGUCGCGCAAGCACCAGCUGUUGCCGAACAGGAAUUAUAUCUCUGGCUACAUACUACUCUCAACAUUCUCCAUCCUGAGCGCUGGCGGGCUCCUACUCCUGCUGUCUCUACAGCCGCGGCCAGGCACCCCUCUGAGCGACGUGACGUCGGGAGCGGUUUGCGGUCUGAGCGUCCUGUCGCUGGCCGUCGCGUCGCUGGGUGUCGUCACUUCUUACUGCUGCAAGCAUCCACCGCCGGAUAAUAGAGUUGCUAAUGCUAGGUGGUAUUAGCGGUUAGGUUAUCUUAGAUUAAAAAUAUACGAAGUCGAUAGAGUGUCAAAAGAAACAUAUCGAUAAAUACUUAACACAACAAUUUUAUCUCUUAUUUUGAAUUAGUUAGGUCAGAAGAUUUGUGACCCUAUAUAUACCCCAUAAUGAGUUUGAACUUUUAAGGGUUUGAUAAACAAAAUGCGGAGAGUUUUUGCUUUGGUUUUGUAUGUGAUACAUCAUCUUGUUCGUAUUUGUUUAAUCUAAGACGGUGAUAAAUAAGCUUAGGGCCUGUUUCACAAUGUCUGGAUAAUGGCUAUCUGUCGGUUAAAAUACGGCUAAAAGCUGUCACACUCUGUCAAUAUUUUUAGACAGUGACAGCAUGUCUUUUAACCGAUAGGUAGCCAUUAUCCAGACAUUGUGAAACAGGCCCUUAGUGUAGCAAUUGUGUUUACCAACGAGUAACAAGUGUCAAUUGUCACUCUCUUAUGACGAAAAUCUAAGGUUUGGAGCGCUUCUGCGUGAGCCUCGACCCUAUCUCGUUGUAUUAAACGUGCCGAUUACUCUUUCGUUCGUUUUUCGUCAAUAUAGAGUACUUAACCCUCGUGAACUAGAGUCAUACAUACCUAGUUAGAUUGGGAACUGUUUUGAGUCGUUUUAUGGAGCAAAACCCAUAAACAAUUUUUCAGUUAUUAUAGUUAUUUAGAGUUAUUAUACACUUAAUCCAUUCUGUAAGUACUUAAAAAUAUACCUACAUGGUCUUCUUAGUCGUAGAAACAUUGUAAAGAAGAGGAAUUUUAUAACUAACCUAAAAAAUAUAUGUGUAAAACAAAUAAACAUACGCUCAAA